AUGCAAAAGCAAAUCCAGGCAGAAGAGAACAGCACAGCAGUCCUGGAGUUCACCCUGGAGGGCUUCCCUGCAGUCCAGCACCUGGGGAAGGUCCUCUUCCUGCUGCACCUGCUGGCCUACCUGGCCUCUGUCACGGGGAACUCGCUCAUCAUCACCAUCACCUGGGCUGACCGCCGCCUCCACACCCCUAUGUACUUCUUCCUCAGCACUUUCUCCUUCUGUGAAUGUGGUUUCAUCACCACGGUUAUUCCUAAACUCCUGACCAUCUUUCUGUCAGGGAGACAGACGAUUUCCUUUGCUGCCUGCUUCACACAAGCAUUUGCUUUCGUUUUCCUGGGUGCAACUAUUUUUUUCCUGAUGGCCAUCAUGUCCCUGGAUCGAUUCCUGGCCAUCUGCAAACCUCUGCACUACCCCACCAUCAUGAACACAAGGACGUGCAUCCUGCUGGUCACUGCCUGAUUCUGUUUGGGAUUUCUGCUUAUGGUGAUUCCGGUCAUAAAGCUGUCCCAGCUGUCCUUCUGUGGCCCCAAUGUCAUUCCUCACUUCCUCUGUGAUUUGGGACCCUUGACAAGGCUCUCCUGUCCUGAAAGCAGAUCUAUUGAAAUGUUGUUCUACAACCACGCCUUUGUUAUCAUUUUCACAUCCUUCCUCAUCACUGUCCUCGCCUACAGCAACAUAGUGUUCACGAUCCUGCGCCUCCCAUCAGCUAAGGAGCGGAAGAAAGCCUUCUCCACGUGCUCCUCUCACCUCAUUGUCCUCUCUCUGAUGUAUGGCAGCUGCGCCUUCAUCUAUGUGAAGCCAAAGAGAAUGAGCAGACUGGACAACAACCGAGAGGCUGCUCUGGUGAACACGGUGGUGACCCCUCUGCUGAACCCCGUCAUCUACACCCUGCGUAACAAGCAGGUGCACCAGGCACUGAGGGACGCUCUGUCCAAGGUGAAGCUUCAGAAAUAG